UCUGUCCGGCAUUGUCAGCCAUCGGCCAUCGGAUGACGUGACACAUUGGUACGUACCUACCUACCGACCAAGCAGGGCGAAUUAUGCAAGUGAGCAAGUUUGUGUUGCGUUCGAACUAGGGGCGACUUUUGGGGCAAUGAAAGUUUUGUGUGUGGAUUAGUCGUAAAGUUUUUAUUGCUACGUUGCUCUUCGGAGGGUGUCGAUCGAUCAGGUGGAUUUAGGUGAAAAUUAUAUCGGUAAAUAACAUCGCCUCUGGGUGGCUUAAGGUGAUCGUUCCAGCGGAAUUUCUCAUUAGCAGUACACGCAGCAGCUAAGGUUAAUCUGAUCGUAACUAAAACUACCAACGAUGGAUGCAUCGGAAAUUGUUCUCAUCACCGGUGGAGCCGGAUUCCUCGGUCAGCAUUUGGUUAAAACACUCCAAGAGCGUGAUUCCAAAAUUCGUGAAAUCCGCGUAGUCGAUUUGAAGCCAUUUGAAAACACAAUAGGACACUUCGACGAUAGCAAGGUCGUUUCGUUCGUCGGUGACAUCUGCCAGCCAGCCAAGAUUGAGUCCGCUUUCGAGGGAGUCGAUUGCGUGUUUCACAUGGCGGCGUACAUUAACUUUGACUUUCCGCCCAACUACAAGGAGCUGCAGCGGGUUAACGUCGACGGUACACAGACGGUGAUCGACCUGUGCCGGAAGUACAACGUACCACGGUUGGUGUUUACCAGCGAUUGCCUAAUUCAUAUGACCCCGUACCUGGGCAGGGCUAACUUCACAAUCGUGUGCAACCAAACUGAGCCGAAAACAAAGAUUCCUAGCAAGGAGAGCGAAUUCCAGAUUCCGGGGUAUGCCCCGUCCAAGCUCAAGGCGGAGAAUUUGGUUCUGGAGGCGAAUGGCACAGCCUUAGCGAAUGGAGAGACGCUGAAAACGAUCGCAAUUCGACCGCCGAUAAUGUUUGGCGAGGGUGACCAGCGUUUUGUGCCCACCAUCAUUCGGGUGGCGAUGCGUUUUGGCGGUGACAUUCCAAAGAUUGCCGGACCGGGCGGUAAGCAGCAGCUGCUGUAUGCCGGGAAUGCGGCCUGGGCGCACUAUCGGGCAAAAGAGGCGCUGGCCAGUAGGCCACAGGACAUCGCUGGCUACCCGGUGUUCGUUACGGACGAGUCCGGCAUCGAGGACACCACCCGGUUCUGUCAGCGCUUAUCCCGAGCUAAUGAAACACUUAAGCUCCGACCGUCCUGGUAUCAGAUCCCGCUGUUUCUAUCCUUCUUUUUGGCUUUCCUGCUGGAGCUGCUGAUUAAAGCGCUUAAUCCGAUUGUGAAAAUUAAACUGAGUUUCCCUCCGUGCGGUCUGCUUUCGUAUAUGUCAUCGAUUCUGCUGUACAAUCGGAUCCGAGCGUCUAUCUAUCUGGAUUAUGAACCUAUCUAUAGCGAGGAAAAGGCAGUGUCUAAUGCGGCCCUGUGGUACGAGAAGUGGUAUCAGGAUUACUGUCGGCAGCAUAAUUUGAAGAAGUUGAAAGUCAAAUGAACGGACUAGAACAAUCCCCUCUCUUUCUCUGUCGGUAGAGGACAGUUCGAUAAUUGAAAUUUGUUUCCUAGGAAUAUAAGCAUUUUCGCAGAUUUUCUAUCUGCUGGGAAUUAGAAUAGCCGUUGCUCAAUAAAUUUAC